ACCAUCAGUAGGAGGGCAGUUUGGCGCGAUUGGGGAGGUGCUGUUGUGGUUUCUGUGUUGUCCUUCUCCUCCACCACCUCUUCCUUACUCACUGCUGCUGUUUAGCGGGGAUGGCGGACGCACUCACUGAACAGCUAACGUUAGACUCAUUCGGCCGCAAUUUUCAGUUCGUGGACCUUCAGGCGCACCACUGCUCCCGUCAGAUAACCAGUAGCACUCUGGCAUCUGGCCAAGUGGAGAACCGUGGCCUGCUUUCUCAUGCCCCCAACAGUGCCUCCCAAACCUCCACAGGAUUAGGAAUGGAGAGCAGUCAGCCAAUCAACAUCACAGACGCGGCUACACGCCGGAAGAAGAAACGCAGAACUCGGGCAGCGGACAGUUUCACAGGCAAAUUUAGCGAUCUGUACAGGCUGACGGAUGAGCUGCUGGGUCAGGGGGCUUAUGCUAAAGUCCAGGGCUGUGUGUGUUUACAGAAUGGCAAUGAGUAUGCUGUGAAGAUAAUUGAGAAGAAAGCUGGUCACAGUCGCAGCCGAGUUUUCAGAGAGGUGGAGACGCUUUACCAGUGUCAAGGAAAUAAGAACAUUCUGGAGCUCAUUCAGUUUUUUGAAGAGGACAGCUGUUUUUAUCUGGUGUUUGAGAAGUUACGUGGAGGUUCCAUUUUAACACACAUCCAGAGACGAAAAUACUUUGAUGAGAGAGAGGCUAGUCAUGUGGUCAGGGAUAUAGUACAUGCACUGGACUUUCUGCACAACAAAGGAAUUGCUCACCGGGACCUUAAGCCUGAAAAUAUCCUGUGUGAAUAUACUGAUAAGGUUUCUCCUGUGAAGAUUUGUGAUUUUGACCUUGGGAGUGGAGUAAAGCUGAACAGUGCCUGUACCCCAAUAACCACCCCUGAGCUCACCACACCAUGUGGCUCAGCAGAGUACAUGGCUCCUGAGGUGGUUGAGGUCUUUACGGAUGAGGCUUCUUUCUAUGAUAAACGCUGUGACCUCUGGAGCCUUGGGGUCAUUCUCUACAUCCUGCUUAGCGGGAGCCCCCCCUUCACUGGCCACUGCGGCACCAACUGCGGCUGGGAACGAGGAGAGACGUGUCGUGCCUGCCAGAACAACCUUUUUGAGAGGAUUCAGGAGGGAAAAUAUGAAUUUGGGGAUGGAGUCUGGGCUCAAAUCUCAGCCGGUGCCAAAGAUCUGAUCUCGCGGCUGCUGGUGCGAGAUGCCACUCUACGGCUGAGUGCCGCCCAGGUCCUGAAGCAUCCCUGGGUGCAGGGGAAUGCACCUGAAAGAGUUCUUUCAACUCCUCGUGUUCUACAAAGGAACUGCAGCACUAAAGACCUGACACAGUUCGCGGCUGAAGCCAUCGCAUUCAAUCGACAACUGUCCCAGCAGGAGGAAGAGCAGGAGGACUUCUGUGCCGUCGUCUGCUCCAUGAGGCUCUCUCCUCCCUCCAACUCCAGAUUAGCCCGUCGCCGAGCAAAGUCUCAAGCACUACGCACCAACACCUGAUGCCUUCCCACUCCACAGGUGCUCCAGCGUUACAACCCUUCAUACAAGUGCAUUCUCUGGCAAACGGAAUGGGUUCUUGAACGAACCGUAAAGCAAACACACACAUGCGUAUGCACCACAAGCUCUGUGCUACCAACCUGUAGCACAGGAACAGACUAACCUUAAGUAUACAAACCAAAAAC